AUGCGCGGCCUGGUAUCCUUCAUUGCAGACCUACGAAAUGCCCGCGCCCGAGAACUCGAGGAGAAGCGCAUCAACAAAGAGCUGGCGAACAUUCGAGCAAAGUUCAAGCAAGGCGGUUUGAGUGGCUACGACAAGAAGAAAUAUGUCUGCAAGCUGCUGUACAUCUAUAUCCUGGGCUGGAAUGUCGACUUUGGCCAUCUCGAGGCUGUCAACCUCGUUUCGGCUACAAAGUACUCGGAGAAGCAGAUUGGUUAUUUGGCUGUUACGCUGUUCCUACACGAAGAACAUGAGCUGUUGCAUCUGGUUGUCAACAGUAUUCGCAAGGAUUUGGCCGACAUCAACGAACUCAACAACUGCUUGGCUCUGCACGCUAUUGCCAACGUAGGAGGAAAGGAGAUGGGUGAAGCCUUGGCCUUUGACGUUCACAGACUACUCAUCUCUCCCACAUCCAAACCUUUCGUCAAGAAGAAGGCCGCCCUGACUCUUCUUCGUCUCUACCGUAAAGCACCCAGCAUCGUACAGGCUGAAUGGGCAGAACGCAUCAUCUCCAUCAUGGACGACUCGGACAUGGGUGUCGCUCUUUCCGUCACAUCGCUCGUCAUGAAACUUGCUCAAGAUGACCCCGAUCAGUACAAAGGCAGUUAUGUCAAGGCCGCUCAGCGUCUGCAAAAGGUUGUCGUUGAACACGAUUGCGCUGGAGACUACUACUACUACAAGGUGCCUUGUCCUUGGAUACAGGUCAAACUCCUGCGUUUGAUGCAAUAUUUCCCUCCUUCGGACGAUUCACAUGUACGCGCUCUGAUUCGCGAAUCUCUACAAAAGAUCAUGGACAAUGCUAUGGAGGCCCCGAAAAACGUUCAACAAAACAAUGCUCAAAAUGCUGUUCUCUUCGAAGCCAUCAACCUUACAAUCCAUCUUGACACUGAGCAAGCGUUGAUGAUGCAGAUCUCCUCGAGACUAGGCAAAUUCAUCCAAUCAAGAGAAACUAACGUGCGUUAUCUUGGUCUGGAAGCAAUGACACAUCUGGCUGCACGCUCAGAGAACCUUGACCCGAUCAAGAAGCAUCAAAGCAUCAUUGUCGGAUCAUUGCGCGACCGCGACAUCAGUGUGAGAAGACAAGGUCUCGAUCUGCUCUACAGCAUGUGCGACACAACAAAUGCUAAGCCCAUUGUUGGUGAGCUCUUGAAGUACUUGCAGACUGCUGACUACGCCAUCCGCGAAGAAAUGGUACUCAAGAUUGCCAUCUUGACCGAGAAGUACGCUACCGACAUUCAAUGGUAUGUUGACAUCUCACUCAGACUGAUCGCCAUGGCUGGUGAUCAUGUCAGCGAUGAGGUGUGGCAGAGAAUUAUCAUGAUUGUUACCAACAAUGAUGAGCUUCAAGUCUAUGCUGCAUCCAACAUUUUGGAGUACCUCCGCGCAGAGCAAUGUCAUGAGAUGCUUGUCAAAAUUGGCAGUUACCUGCUUGGAGAGUUUGGUCACUUGAUCGCCGAUAGCCCUAAGUGCAGCCCUAUCGAGCAGUUCAUGGCAUUGCAGUCAAAGUUCAAUGGCAGCUCGCCGAGUACGCGUGCCAUGAUGCUGUCUGCAUUCAUCAAGUUUGUCAACCUGUUCCCUGAGAUUAAGCCUCAGCUCCUGCAGGCAUUCAAGACAUAUAGCCACACUUUGGAUUCUGAGCUUCAACAGCGUGCAUGCGAGUAUUUGACAUUGGCAACGAUGCCGACAGACGAUUUGCUUCGAACCGUCAUGGAUGAGAUGCCACCCUUCCCGGAACGUGCUUCUGCUUUGCUUUCUAGACUACACUCCAAGCAGCACAACACAACAGAUAAACGCACAUGGGUUGCUGGCGGCAAAGAUGCCAACAAAGACAUCAACGAUCGAAACAAUACACUCAAACGUUCAUUCAGCGCUGGCAAUUCUCUUAACGCAACGGCAGCAGCACAAUCACCCACAAAAGCCAAUGGCACCAAGACACCAGCAGACGAACUCGCCGGUCUAGACUGGGGCUCGGAUACCAAAACGCCAAACUUUGCCAGCGCAGACCACUUAUCACCAGGCUGGGAGCGCGGUCACGCUCGUAUGCUCAUGGUUCCCGAGGGCAUCCUCUACGAAGACAGCCAGAUCCAAGUAGGCGUACGCUCAGAGUACCGUAGCGAGCUCGGCUGCAUAAUCCUCUACUUCACCAACAAAUCUUCGUUUGCGAUUAACUCUUUUACCACCACUCUCAACAACCCUUCUCCCGACAACAUCAAAAUCGACGUCAAAUCAUUGCCCGAGACAACAGUGCAACCCUCCACACAAACCCAAGCAAUGAUAAUGCUAGAAGCAAAAUCCGUCUUCACGCUAGCACCCACAAUUCGCAUUUCCUGGCUCGCUGGUGCCUUGCAAGCACUAACCCUCAAACUUCCCCUUGCAAUCCACAAAUACCUAGACCCGGCCUCUUUAUCUGCCGACGAUUUCUUCAAGCGCUGGAAGCAAAUCGGCGGACCUGGUCCCCGCGAAGCCCAGAGGAUUUUUGCAGGCAAGGAUGUGGCUCCAGUACCCACGAGAAGAAUUCUAGAAGGGUUCAAGUGGGGAGUUCUCGAUGAGGUGGAUCCUAACAAGAAGAAUUUUGUUGCUGCGAGUGUGUUGCAUACUAGCCAACAAGGAAAGAUUGGGUGUUUGAUGCGCUUGGAGCCAAAUCCUAACAACGGGAUGUAUCGACUCACCAUCAGAGCAACAGACGAGUCUGUACCGAAUGUUCUCAUGGAAGCUAUGGAGAAGAGAUUGGCAUUGGGAGAAGCUCCCUUCUAUCCGCCGUAG